GUGUUAAAUUGGUUGCAACUUGAAUUUUUUUGAUCACACAAUGAGAAUGUUCAAUCUCAUAUUUAUUCCUAUGAACUUCGCUGCACAUCUGGGCCUAUAGGGGAAAUUAUCAUUUUGACACUGAAUUGCGGCUCAUCUGGAGAGUUGUGGAGUGCUGAACCGCGCUAUCACCCACCUGAACACCUGUCAAAAAAUGAAUGCGUCGGGAAUUCACGGACCAUCUUCAUCCCGGCCGCAUAAUUAUCCAAAUGUCCCACCACCCGCCGAAGAUCCUGACGAACCGCACAAGAUUGCCACUUAUGUAACCACUCGUGGGGAAUAUAAGAUUAAGUUGUGGCUAGAUGAUACUAGAAGCUUGGUGGAAAGAGCUAGCCUUCCAAAAUUCAAUAAUGUUCCAAAUGGAUCAUAUUAUUGGACUCACAAUUUUAUAACCCGUUCCGUUACUUGUGAUGGACUAAGAUUUGUGAUCUACAUAGAAGAUGAAAAAGUUAUUGGAGCCCGAGCCCCGAGACGACCGCAACGUGUGAAUCCAAAUGCUCUAGAACCUAACGAAUCUACAUGGUUCAUCACUUAUAACCGCAAAAAUUUUAAGGUGAAGAAAAAUAUGCAAACAGAAGAACCUGUAUCAAUUACCCUUAUGCCUAAAAAUUUACAUCGAAAUCCAGCUAUUAGCCGUCAAAACCUCCUCACAAAUAUGAUUGCUAUGGGUGGUAUAUUUUUUAUCAUAUACCAAAAGCGAGAUCUAACAAUUGUGGGAGCUGAGCUUGACUCGGCCUGGCAUAAUUCUAAUUAAGCAAUGAAAUUUUUGUAAAACAUUAUUA